AUGUUGUCUAAGGCAAAUGGUGCUUUAAGGGCUUUGGAGGUUAAGGAGUGUGCUAUUACUUGCAUAGGACUUGUCAUUUCAACAUUUGGUGAUAACCUUGCAGCAGAAUUACCUUCAUGCCUGCCUGUUCUUGUUGACCGGAUGGGAAAUGAGAUAACUAGGCUUACAGCUGUAAAGGCACUUGCUGUCAUUGCUGUUUCACAACUGCACAUAGAUCUCUCAUGUGUUUUGGAACAUGUACUCACAGAGUUGACAGCAUUCCUGCGAAAGGCUAAUCGAGCACUGAGGCAAGCAACAUUGGGGACACUGAAUUCACUAAUUGUAGCUUAUGGUGACAAAAUUGGUGGAUCUUCUUAUGAAGUUAUUAUUGUUGAACUUUCAACAUUGAUAAGUGAUUCAGACUUACAUAUGACUGCUCUUGCCUUGGAGCUCUGCUGUACUUUAAUGGCUGACAAGAGGUCAAUCCCAAAUGUUGGUUUAGCUAUUAGGAAUAAAGUUCUUCCGCAGGCUCUGGCAUUAAUUAAAAGCCCUUUGCUGCAGGGUCAAGCAUUUGUGGUACUUACUGUGCUACUAUGGAUUUUUUAAUCUUAAUUGUCUUGA